AUGACCGGCCUCGCACAACCUCAUCACGAGUCUUCCGGUGCUUCACGACAACCAAACCCGACAAGCCAAUUCCAGAGAAAAGCCGUCAAGAUGGUCAAGAAGAGGGCGAACAACGGUCGUAACAAGAACGGCCGCGGCCACACUAAGCCCGUGCGCUGCUCCAACUGCGCUCGCUGCGUCCCCAAGGACAAGGCCAUCAAGAGAUUCACUAUCCGCAACAUGGUUGAGUCCGCUGCCAUCCGUGAUAUCUCUGACGCCUCCGUCUUCACCGACUAUGCCGUCCCCAAGAUGUACCUCAAGCUGCAGUACUGUGUCUCCUGCGCUAUCCACGGCAAGAUUGUUCGUGUCCGUUCCCGGGAAGGUCGUCGCAACCGUGCCCCCCCUCCUCGCAUCAGGUACAACAAGGACGGCAAGAAGCUGAGCCCCCCUCAGGCCGCUAAGGCUGUGUAA